AUGCAAGGAGGAAAUGUCGAGGGGGAAAGACGAGAGGAAAAGGGGGAGGAAAAGCUAGAGCAAAAAGGGGAGGAAAAUCUAGAGCAAAAAUGGAGGAAAAAACGAGAAGACGCCUACAUCCAGAGGAUAAAUUUUUCCGAAAUAACUGGUCACGGAGAAACGGACAAAAGAAUUGAGUACCUGUGGAACCUAGCCCUGUGCACCGUGUAUGAAAACACAAAACUGUCCAUGAAAUAUAUAACUCUAAUAAAAAAAAUUACAAAAAACAAUGUGCUGUUUGAUAAUGUCUGCUGCCAUCAUUGCAAUUUAAUAUACAUCCCCUUUUACAACUGCGAAAUUAAGAAGCCUGAUGAAAAGAACUUCAUCGUGUACAGGUGCUUUCUGUGUAAGCGUAAAAAAAGACAAACGUUAAGGGACCCAAAAAAUAAAGGAAAAAAUGCCCCGCUUGAGAAUUCCGAUGGACGCAAUGUCCCAAGUAAUCCGCGCAACUGGGGCCUUUUUUUCAUCAACGAGAUAGAUGAGUAUGAAAUAGGAAAGAAAACGCCCGGGGACCAAACGGGGGAUAUUAAAGUGGAGGAUCACUCCCAGGGAAAUAUCCCCUCCGGGGGAGUCAACGUGGAGGAUUACUCCAAAGGAAAUAUCCCCUCCGGGGGAGUCAACGCGGAGGAUAACUUCCCAGGGGAUAUCCCCGUAGAGGAACCACCAAACCAAGUGAUUCCCAUCGAAAACAUAAAAGACUUCUUCACCAUCGACUACGGCACAGCUAGCUGCACGAUUAACAGGGAGAUUCUCACCCCGAUGAUCCAACAAAUUAGUGACGGAAAAAAUAACAACUUGAAAAACCUUAACAGUGCAGGCGAAAAUAGCAACGUUCGAAAAAAAAGAACACUCGAUGGAAGCAUCAAAUGGAACGAGAAAUCAGACACGGUAAAGGAGGCGACGACCAAAGCAGAUGACCUGAGCAAUGCCCAAGAAAGGGCUGUGCCAAAGAGCCCUCCCAACCUGAGCAACGUGAAUAGCGCGCAGAAGUCAAAUGUGCCAAGCAUAGGAAAAAACAUUCCCAUCCUUGGCAGAACGGAUAACUACUUAAAUUUUAACAAACCCAAGAAGAAGAAGAAAAAGAACAUAUUGGACAUCCUGUAA